AUGAACUGGGUUGGUGGCUCCCGGAGCAGAAUCAUACUUAAACAGGAAAGGAGAAAGCAAAAGGAAUUCUUUGAAAAGAAAAAGCUUAGAUCAAAGAUGAAGCUGCUAGGAGUAUCAUCACCCCAUAAAAGUUCAACAGUCAGUUUAGAUCUACUCAAUCUGUAUGUUGUUAACCAGAUAUCCACCAAGAAAGACACUGCUGACAGAGUGAGAAAACCAGUCCAUGUGGAUCUGAACAAGGGGUUAAAAACCCCUACAAGGAGACAGAAUAUUGAACUUCCCAUGUCACCACAACGUACAUCAUCUAAAAUAGGCCUAGAUGACAUCCAGAACAGAAUACAACAACAAGUAUUAGAGAACAGAAGAAAGCAUCUCACAGACAAGAUGAAAUACCAAGCUCAGUUAUCACAAGUAAUGGAAUCAACUUGCACAGACUCUAGUCUUGAACAUCUGUACAAUCUAGCAGCAGACUGUAAUUCCUAUCCAGUGUCCUCUUCGGUUUCCUGGUCUUCUAAUUACAAACAAUCUCCAGAACAAAAUUUCAGAACGAACCUAGCAUGCAGUCCUUGGGAAGUGGCCUACGAAGAGGAGAAGCAGAGCAAACAGUUUCUACCAUUUUCUCAGCCGGGAAAUAUUCUCUCUCAAGACCCUUGGGUUUCAAAACCUCAAAACAGGCAAUGCAUUUUUAGCAAGUCCAAUAUAGCAGGACCAUUGGGAACAUUGUUUAAGAAACUGAAUAGUCCAGAAUAUAUAAACUCUGUUGGUAAUACUCCAGCUUUAAUUACCAGUAAAGAUUCCGGAAGCAACAACAGAAUAAAAGAGCCAUUAUUUGGUAUUGUGAAAGAAACAGCAGCAAACGACACUCAUGAUGAAAAUGGUCUAGCAUUGUCUGAAGAUGAGAGGCCACUGAUUCAUGAUAUUCCUUCCAUGGAAUAUUGUGGUCCUUUUGUUAACCAAGCCAGUAUCAGCCAGUUAUUUACAGAUCCAGAUGAUAUGAAUGAAAUAUCCAACAGAUGUAGCCCUUGUAAUAGAGAAAUUUAUAACAUGACUAAAUGUACUGAAAGGUAUACUGUAGACAGAUGCCUUAAAGGGAUUUUCACUGUUCCAGAGCAGACUUUCUUUAAAAGUAAGAAUAUUUCAAGUGCAAGCCAUAAAGAAAAUAAACAGCCUAAUAAAAGCGACUUGAAAGAAUACCCUGAUGGACAUUAUUACAUUAUAUCUUCUGAAAACCAAGAAAAUCCUUCAAAAUAUGAAAGAACAGGAGCAUUUACAAAUCACCACAAUCACAAGACUAACGUAGAGAAAAAAAUACAGAAUUAUUCAACAAUGAAUAAUGACAGUACUCCUCAGGAACAAUUCACUUGUGAGUGCUCACAAGUCUUUGGAUUUGAAAAGGUUCUGACAGCAGAGGAGGAACAGUGUGAUUUUGAAGUGAGUUCAAAGCUUGGAAAGAUGGAAAAGGACAUUGAAUCAUCACUGAGCAGUCAGUCCCCCAGUUACUCUCCAAAGCAAACAGACAGUUGUUUCUGCACUAGUUCUGAGAUGUCUGAAGAGGACGACCUAGCUGAAAAGUGUCUUUCUGACAGCUCCUUUCAAGUAAACAGUGCCAAUCCAAUUGCAGCUUCAACAAGCAAAGGACCACACCCUAGCUUUGGCAAGGAAAGUUGGCUUUUCCCUCCUGGCACUAGUGUUGCUAUGAACGAAGCCAACAUUACGCAACAGGCAGAGCCCAGUUUACAAGCGACAGAGGAGGAAAAUAAAGACCAGGCUGCUCAGCCCAACUCUUCACACCCAUCAUUUAAAAGGAAGACUAUUAAUCACAGAGAAAGGUGUGAUGCUGGGUCACAAACUGAGAGCCCUACUGGAAGGGGAGAAAAAUUAAAUGCUGCCGUACAAUGUGAUAUAAUACAGGCAUGUUGCUGUAUAAAUCAUCUUUCCUCUGUCCACAGCGCUGAACUACUAACUAAUGUUAGUAAAGCAGAUACCACUGGAGGGCAGGAAAUUACAGCAGAUGAGGCAUUUCGGUCUUCAAGUACAGACAAUGCACCAAUUAUUGCAGAAUUUCCUCCUGAAACGGAGUAUCUGACUUUGCCUGACAAGAUGACUGUAGAUGUACUGAACUACAUUCACAUAAUGAAAAAGAGAGAAGAGAGCAACUGA